GUCUUACCCGCCAGAGCUAUUUACUUAUCGUGCCUGAGAGCUCCAUGAUAGCGCCAUAUCAUCUCUGCAUAAGCUUCUUUUUGUUUGAUUCCUGGUAGUCUUUCGUACAUCACCAGCGACGAUGCCCAAACACUACAAUGCAUAUCUCGAACUUCCACACUCGGAACUUUGCACAGAGGAGUUCGCAAGGAAUGAAGACAGAAAGGAUGGAUUGAGCAAGUUGAGGAACGAAUUUGUGAUUCCAAGUAAAGGCGACUUGAGAAACAAGAAAUUCGGAUUUCAGCAAAACUCCUCGGGAGAGGCCGCCGCUACGCGCGAAGACGACAGCGAAGAUUCCAUAUACUUCUGCGGCAACUCUCUAGGACUUCAACCUCGGAGAACAAAGGAAUAUGUUAACCGUUACCUGGAUACUUGGGCAUCCAAGGGUGUGUUUGGUCAUUUCACGAAUUACGAGGGAGGAUUACCGCCAUGGCUACACAUCGACGAUGCGAUCAAAGACCAGACAGCAAAGGUAGUCGGCGCACUACCUACAGAAGUCGUCAUAAUGGAGACUUUGACUGCAAAUUUGCAUUUGCUCAUGGCAAGUUUCUACCGACCAACCAAGGACCGGUACAAGAUCAUCAUUGAGGCGAAGGCAUUUCCUAGUGAUCAUUAUGCCGCUCUCUCCCAGAUCGCCCACCACAACCUCGACCCAUCUGCGCUCAUAACCAUCGAUCCGCCCUCAGCGUCCUCGCCUUACCUUUCCAACGAGCACAUACUAUCAGUCAUAUCCCAACAUGCGCCAACGACUGCACUGGUCUUGUUACCUGGUAUCCAGUUCUACUCGGGCCAGUUCUUCGAUAUAGAGCUCAUAACGCGCCACUGCCGAUCGCUGGGUAUAACCGUAGGCUGGGACCUUGCCCAUGCAGCUGGAAACGUACCACUGAAGCUACAUGACUGGAAUGUUGACUUCGCAGCAUGGUGCAACUAUAAAUAUAUGAAUGGUGGCCCUGGUGUUAUUGGUGGACUGUUUGUACACGAGAGGCAUGGAAGAGUGGAGCAAGUGCCUGCAGUUCGAAAAGAUGGCACAAACGGCGCAGCGGGUAACAGCACAGAGCUUGCCUACCGACCGCGAUUAAGCGGCUGGUGGGGAAGCGAUAAAGACAGUCGCUUUCGCAUGGAAAACAAGUUCGUGCCAAUCACUGGGGCGGGCGGCUUUCAGCUUAGCAACCCUAGUGCAUUAGACAUGACAUCUGUCAUGGCUAGCUUAGACGUCUUUGCUUUGACGAACAUGGACGCUUUACGGCAGCGGAGUCUCAGGUUGACUGCGUACCUCGAAGCGCGGCUACUAAAGUAUGACGGAGGAGAGCCACCUUACAAGAUUAUUACACCUGCGAAUCCGGCGGAGCGUGGUGCGCAGCUCAGUGUGCUUCUCAACCCAGGACUGCUGGACCAAGUUCAACACUAUAUCGAAGAACGUGGCGUGGUCGUCGAUGAAAGAAAGCCUGAUGUGCUUCGCGUGGCGCCUGCACCACUGUAUAACUCCUUCCACGAUAUCCAUCGCUUUAUCACUGUCUUCCACGAAGCUUGUCGUAUAGCCGUGAAGGGUGCUGGGCAGAAGGGCGCGCACAAUGACAAAAUCCCUGAAGGAAUCGCGAAUGUAUGAUUGUCCUGUGCGCUAUCUCAGGCGGUACCUACUCGUUUUCGAGAGCGAUGUAAUUUCUAAUACUAGUAACACAUUAUACCCCAGCAAUAGCAACUUUCAUCAUGUCGUAUUCAAAAGUUUGAUUCAAGAAAGGGAACUCUAUGUAGUAGACAAGGUCGCGAUCGGGAGCAGGUAAAAGCCGCCACCCGUUUAGGUCGUCGUAUGCGAACAUGUAUCCAAGCAUCCUAAGCCCUAAGCCUUAAGCGCAAAAGAGAACAGACUGUCCAUCUGCACCCAUUGCCUUCCAUUCCUCUCCAGCCAUCGCUCCACCACGCCCUUGAGUGUACCAAAUCUCUCUCUGUUGACUUCCGCCAGCACUUUCAUCUUCUCUUUCCUCUCCAUAUCCUCUGAUUUCACACCAGCAUCCAUCUUGCCUACACG